UUUUGUGAGUUCUUUUGAGAUAUAUAUUAACUCAAUUCUCAAUGAUCUGAAAUGGAUUGAACUAAUCAAUUAGCGAUUUUUGACUCAUCUAAACUUAAAUAGAUUGGAUGGAUUGAGCUUUAUUUUGGCACCCCCUAAUUUCAUUUCAUUUAGUGUUGAUGGCGAUCAUGAUGGCUUUGGUUGAUUAUAUAAUAUGAAAGUUUGAAUAUUUUUCCUUUGCAAAAUCGUGUUAUCAAGAUCACUUUCUUCUCCUUUCAUCCAAAACCUCGUUAUGGAUCAAGUUAUGGCUGCUAUUAUCAGAAAUCGGUCAUUUGAGGCUUCAAUUCCCCAACUCAUUUGGAUUGUAGAAACAGUUUCUCAAGUCUUAAGAUCAAUCCCCAGAUUCUUCUUCCAAUCCCCAAGAUCCAUUGGCCGACAAAAUGGGUUUCGCCACCGUACCCCAUUAAAGCGGAGAAACCUAAAACAAGAGUUCCAUAACGCUCGGAAGGGAGUACUUAUUCUUGGCCCAGCUGCUCGUAGAGAUGCUCAAAAGGUACAAUUAGGAUUGGAGAAAGCAUUGGAAUUUUUCCAUUGGGUUGAGACCCGCUGUGGGUUUACUCACAAUGAGCUCACUUGCAGAGAAAUGUCUCUUGUUCUUGCCAAAGGGUCUUGUAAUUCGAAGCUUCUUUGGGAAUUUCUCAAAAGAAUGUCGAGAAGAGGGCUUUUGACGACACCGACCGUUACGUGUUUGAUAAAAUGCCUAGGAGAAGAAGGGUUGGUAAAUGAAGCAUUGACUACUUUCUACAGAAUGAAGCAAUUUCACUGUAAGCCUGAUGUUUAUGCUUACAACACACUCAUAUUUGCUCUUUGUAGAGUUGGGAAUUUCAAAAAAGCGAAGUUCUUGAUGGAGCAAAUGGAGUUGCCUGGUUUUAGGUGUCCACCUGAUGUCUUUACUUACACAAUCUUGAUUAGCUCUUAUUGUAGAUAUGGUAUGGAAACUGGCUGUAGAAAAGCUAUUAGACGGAGAAUAUGGGAGGCGAAUCACUUGUUUCGCAUCAUGCUAUUCAAAGGAUUUGUUCCUGAUGUAGUAACUUAUAAUAGUUUGAUCAAUGGAUGCUGCAAAACUAAUAGGAUAGAGAGAGCAUUGGAGUUGUUGGAUGAUAUGGUGAAAAGAGGGGUUGUUCCUAAUCGAAUUACGUAUAAUUCUUUCAUUAGGUAUUAUAGUGUUACAAAUGAGAUUGAUAAGGCUAUUAAAAUGCUGAGAAGAAUGCAAGGAAUGAAUCAUGGAGUAGUACUACCAUGUAACAGUUCGUAUACACCGAUAAUUCAUGCUAUGUGUGAAACUGGUAGGGUGGUGGAGGCAAGAGAUCUUCUUGUCGAAUUGGCUGAUCAAGGUUCGAUUCCAAGAGAAUAUACUUAUAAACUAGUUCGUGAUGCUUUAGAAUCUUCUGGGAAGAUUGAUUUGCUUGAUGAAAAAUUGUGUACAAGAUUAGAAGAUGGUAUUAAAGCAAGCUGCUGUCUCUUGGUUGAGUGCACGAAAGAAGCAUCAUGUUUUGGAGUGGGUGUUGAUUUACCUAGACAACAAGCUUUAGCGAUAAGAGAAUCAUCUUCCGCUGCCAAAAAAGAUAAAUCGCAUCUCACAUUGUUGGGUAUCCCUGUAUGGGCCCAAAGAAAAAGCUGAAAUUUGCUCUCGAGUUUUUCUGGGAUGGAAAGAGCAGUGCUGAGGAUUCAGUCAUCCACCUGAAAACACAUGUCUGAUGCUGGCAUUAAGUACAUCCCAGCAACACAUUCUCUCGACACAACCGCAAUGCUUGGUGCCAUCCCAUAAUCAGGCGGCUCUCAGCUUUAUAAAGAUUUUGACUGUUGGUUUGUGUGAACAUAAAGCUGCACUUGCAUCGUUCCUCCUUUCUUCCGUCUGUCAUUAAAUGACGUGUGCAAGUAAUGUAAAGAAUAAGAGAAAUAUGACUAAACUUAUACAAUUGUGCUUUUGACUAUAAUUUCUGCUCGGCAAAAAAGCUUGAAUAUGAAUCUGAUUUUGUUCUGCUGGUGGUACAAUUAAGCUCAACACUUCCAAACGUUUACCUCAGUUGGAGUCAAUUAU